AUGAGCAGUACUGUAAGAUCACUAAAAGGACUUGUUACUAAAAGGAACGACGCAGCGGUAAACUGGCUACAGGACUCCACCCAAGCGCUCGCAGACAUACAAGCCAAGGAAAGCGCAAGGAGGAUAAAAACCUGUGAGAGAUACAUUGAGCUUCUCGAGACAUCACUGACAAAGCUAACGAAAGCUUUUAAUGAAGCUCCAGAGACCACAGAAGAGGAGGAAGAUCACUUGGAUAAGUACAUAGAAAAAACCCAGGCAACGAUAAUGAAGCUGCACGAUCACAGGACGCAGCUAGAAGACACCCUAGAAGACAUCGGGAUAGAGGCAGAUGACCGGUCAAGCCCAUCUGCACUCAAGGAAAAGGUGCCUACUACCAUCGCAUCGGACUUCUCCUCUAAAAACGAAGCUAUGAAAGCAGCAAAGGCACAGUCAGCAGCAUCAAGAAAGAAGAAGUUCUCGUCCAUCAGUAUAGGCCCCGUGAUGGCUACUGCAUCAACACAACAAAAGAAGUUUUCGUCGUCUACCACAGAAUUCGACACGGGCACGGAUCCAUCGGUCACGAUUGCCUUGGCGAGAGCACAGUAA